GAGAGAUUGUUCCUAAUUAUACUUUGCUUUUCUUUCUUGGAGUUAGAGAGCUUCUUGCUCCAUAAACAGUAGAGAGAGAAUGAUUCAUUUGAGUAAAGAUCAGAUAAAACCGUGCUAAUCAGUGAAGUUAGGCGCAAAAUAAAAACCCACUUUCUACUUUUGUAUAAUUAGGUCAAUCUCAUCCCCCACCAUACUCUUCUCUCCACCAAUUCUCCUCUCCUUUUUCUCAAUUCUAAAACUAGGGUUUCAUCUCCUCUUUCCAAAACAAGAAGAUGAAUCAAGAAACUCUUUAGAGAUCUGAGUUUGGUUCCCUAAUAAACAAGAAGAUGAAUCAAGAAAACAAGAAGCCUGCGGAAGAAGCUUCGACUUCAAUGGAGAGAGAGCACAUGUUCGACAAAGUAGUAACACCAAGCGACGUAGGCAAACUAAACCGUCUCGUGAUCCCAAAGCAACACGCGGAGAGAUACUUCCCUUUAGACAAUUCCUCAACAAACACCAAAGGGUUGCUUCUAGACUUCGAAGACCGAACAGGAAACUCAUGGAGAUUCCGUUACUCUUACUGGAACAGUAGCCAAAGUUAUGUCAUGACAAAAGGCUGGAGCCGUUUCGUCAAAGACAAGAAGCUUGAUGCUGGAGACAUCGUGUCUUUUCAGAGAGAUCCUUGUAAUAAAGACAAGCUUUACAUAGAUUGGAGGAGACGACCAAAGAUUCCAGAUCAUCAUCAUCAAUUCGCAGGAGCUAUGUUCCCUAGGUUUUACUCUUUCCCUCAUCCUCAGAUGCCGACAAGUUUUGAGACUAGUCACAACCUUUAUCAUCGGUUUCAACGAGAUCUUGGAGUUGGGUAUUAUGUGAGGUCAAUGGAAGGAAAUGAUCCAACGGCUGUGAUUGAAUCUGUGCCGGUGAUAAUGCAAAGGAGAGAAGCACAAGUGGGUAGUAUGGCUUCAUCAAGAGGAGAGAAGAGGUUAAGGCUUUUUGGAGUGGACAUGGAGUGUAGAGGAGGAGGAGGAGGAGGAAGUGUGAAUAGCACGGAGGAAGAGUCAUCAUCUUCUGGUGGUAGUAUGUCACGUGGCGGCGGUUCUAUGGCUGGUGUUGGUUCUCUACUUCAGUUGAGGUUAGUGAGCAGUGAUGAUGAGUCUUUAGUAGCGAUGGAAGCUGCUAGUGUCGAUGAGGAUCAUCACUUGUUUACAACAAAGAAAGGAAAGUCUUCUUUGUCUUUCGAUUUGGAUAGAUGUUCAUGAUUAAUUAUGAGAUUAAUCACUACUUUACUACACAUUAUAUAUGAUAAUUAUACAUAUUAUAUAUAUGUGACACAAGGAUGUCGUUCAAGAUUUUAUGAUAACAUCAAGAAAAAAAAAAAGCAUUUUCUUUAGAGAUUCGAGUUUGGUUUUGAUUUUAGUUUGUUCUUCCAAAAAAUAUUAUUUGUUGAUAAAACUUCAAAAAAAAUAUUCUCCAUGAGUCUUCUCUUAGCUUUGGUGGGUCAGAGUUUACAUACAGAACAUAAACUUUGGAUAGCUAGGGAUCAGUGUUAAACUUAAAACCCCCAUGUCCCUCUGGUCAGAAGCUAAUCAGAAGAUAUGGGCUGUCUUAGAAAAGUGAAAUGUAUGUAGAUGUAUAUUUAUAAUCUGUAAACAUUUUGUGUAUACUGACAUUAAAUGGUUAUUGAACUGUUUACAUUGUUUAGUCUAUUUUGAUAU